UUGAACGCUGUGACCCAGUUCCUGCAUCUCGUUGUCUUUGGUUAACAUCAGUCGACAGUGACAAAAUGGAUGGGUCGUCGAUGGGCUACAACUUUCUAGGCAGCUCAGGACUGAAGGUGUCGAACAUUUGCAUGGGCACCAUGACAUUCGGGGAGCAUAAAGGAGGCCGGCCUGGCAACCUGGAUGAAGCAGCAGCACACGCUAUGAUGGACAGGUUUGCUGAGUUAGGAGGAAACUUUCUGGACACAGCCGACAUCUACCAAAGAGGAGAGUCGGAGGAGAUAGUGGGAACGUGGCUUCAGAAGCAGGAUCGGGAGAAAUUUGUGGUUGCCACAAAAGUAUUUGCACACGUGUAUCUCAACAACCUUAAUGGCGUGGGUCUGGGUAGAAAACACAUUAUGCAUGCGGUGGAACAGAGUCUAAAGAGGCUGCAAACUGAUUACAUCGACCUCUAUCAGGUAUAA